UGGCACAGCAUCACCUGCCCUCAUUUCUUUAUUCAUAAAGCCUUAUGAAGUGCCAGGAGAUUCAGCCAUGAAGUGGCGAGGACGCAGAAACACCAGUUGUUUACCAUGAUUUUUGACAGUCUCUGUGGUGAAAGUCCCGUAUUCACGGAGAAAACCGUUUAGGAUUCGGAUUAAACGGCGUUUGCGCAGCUCCAUCCGAUGAUUUUAUGUAGACUGUGAUCGGAGGCUCAUGCGUGCAGUAGACAAGACGAUCGACCGCGCGAGAUACAGGCUGUUUAGACAUGUAGAGGAGCUGCGUUUGCAGAACUGCGAUAAAACGCGUCCGUGAAGAGGAGGAAAAUUCAGCUCGGAGUACAUGUGGGCUUUUUAGAGAAAUCCGAGAAACACUGACGUUUAAGUUGCAUGGGGCUAUUUUCUUCUCUGCAAGCGGUUCUCCUGCACAGUCCUCUUGUUUUUACUAAUUCUGAUAUAAUCAAGACUAGCCAGAUUUACUCCAAGGCAUAUGAGAACACCAUCUUUCUUUGCAAAAAGGAAAAGGUCAAAGUUGGAACCUGUCUGGUCAAUCGUUUAAGAUGUUAUUAUAGGAAAGACUGUGGCAGGGAGUACAUGUUAAUGAAACUGAUUUGUUCAGUGAGCUCAAACCAGAGCAGUCAUGCUCCUGAGUACCCGGACUGCCAAGAAGGGGGAAAUGAAGCCAGUCUGCUGGUGUCCCCUCUGGUGGUGGCUGGCAUCGUCAUCGGCCUGGUGCUCUUUCUGUCCUGCGUCACCAUCAUUGUGGGCAGUCUGCGCAAGGACAGUCGACUGCGCAACCCACAUCUGCGUGCCAGCUAUGCUCCAGAUGGCCUCUCAUAUGGUGGCUCCAUUGGAGAGCUGAGGUCCACUUGUGUUGAGGAUUUUCCUCCUGCUUUUGACUUUGACUCUUAUGUGGAGACUCUGUCUCAAGUCAACGUCAUGUACCCAGAUUCCCCACCUCAUUAUGAUGAGUGUGUGGGACAAGGGACGCAGAUAUAUGUUCCUACAGACGAUCCACCACCCUACUCCCUCACAGACCCGUGUCGGGAUCAAUACAUGGAGGAUCUCCCCGCUGGUGCGUCCUGGGUGUCCGCCAGUGGCUCGUCCCGUUACCCGAGCAGACUACAGAACUUCAGGCACCAGCCGGUGGCCUCCAUCUCUUUAUCAGCUUUACCUUUAGACGAGGCACCGCCAUACGAGGCAGUAAUGAGUGAACAAAACCAGCCUCUUCCCCUGAUGCCUCUGGAUCUGCUCAAACACACAACAGCGGACAGCAGUGCUCAGGACAGCGUUUCCCACCGGAUCCUGUAAUAAUCCCGGCACACUCAUGCAUCCCCUGUUAACCAAAACCAGCUUUGAGAGGAACUGCUCUGUGUGGCUGAGCGUCCAGAGCUGAAGAAAGCCACUUUACCUCUCUGAGGCCCACACAGACACUGCACCUCCUGCUUGACCUGACACAGCCAGAGCACAGGGCUAUCGACCACCCUUUUGUGUGCAUUACCUCACCUUGUCUUUUGGCUUGUAGUGUAAUUAGAUGUUAAAUGUGUGUCUUAUUGUUAGACAUGGAGUGCGGUCACAUUUACUGGUGCUUGGCACAAUUUUGCAGGUGAAACUCACUUCAGUGUGAUUGGUAGUUUUGCGUGAGAGCAAAGUGUAAUGCUGCAACACCAGAGGCUGCGCUUAUAGUUCUAGAACCAUUUUUUUUUAUUCAAUUCAAUUCAUGUUUAUUUCUAUAGAGCUUUUACAAUGUCGAUUGUGUCAAAGCA